CGGAACCAUAGUUACAGGUAUGGAGUCUUUACCCGGACCGCUUUGAGAAACGGACCGGAAGUGGCCCGGCUGUGCUUUUCCUCCGCGGAGGGCAUUGGCGGACAAACGGCGUGACUGCUGUCCCAGGCCUACUACGAACUCCUGGGGUUUGGGUUGGGGACUUGCUGAAAGCUCCGCGGCGGCGCGGCGGGAGGUGUCGCGAGCCGAGCCCUGCCCGGCCACUUCCAUGCCGGGUUGGAGGCUGCUGGCGCAGGCUGGCGCCCGGGUGCUGGGCUGUGGCGCCAGAGGCCUAGGUGCUGACCCCGGCUUAGAGAGAAGAAAGAAUAUCUUGUUCUUUGUUAGAAAUCUCCACAGCAAGAGUAGUACUUGGUGGGAUGAACAUCUUUCUGAAGAAAAUCUCUCCUUUGUUAAGCAACUGGUCUCCGAUGAAAAUAAAACCCAGCUGACAAGUAAACUGAAUCCCUUGAAAGAUGAGCCGUGGCCUUUACAUCCCUGGGAACCAGGUUCUUUCAGAGUUGGCCUCAUCGCCCUGAAGCUAGGCAUGAUGCCUUUAUGGACCAAGGAUGGUCAAAAGCAUGCAGUCACAUUACUACAGGUACAAGACUGUCAUGUGUUAAAAUACACUCCCAAGGAAGACCAUAAUGGAAAAAUCGCAGCCCUGACAGUGGGCGGGAAAACCGUGUCACGCUUCUAUAAACCUGACUCUAGAUUGGAAUUUUACCGAGAUCUUGGACUGCCACCAAAACAGAUACAUAAAAUCUUUCAUGUGACAGAUAACGCUGUAAUUAAGCCAGGGACCCCUCUUUAUGCAGCUCACUUUCGCCCUGGACAGUAUGUGGAUGUCACAGCCAAAACUCACAUGACAAUGUCUACAAAGAUAGCAGCACCAAGAGCCUUCAACAAAUAAAGGUGUCUGUGGACUCUGGGAGAGGGCAGUUUGUUUGCAUUUAUUUUGUGAUGGUGACCAAACAGCAGUUUUCACCCCAAGAAACUGAUGAGUGUGGCCUUAGGUUCCUUACAAAGAACCUGAUGGCAGUUGAGUUUCCGCACCAUGACCACCUCCUGUCAGACAUAGGCCACUGCCAAAGCUGCUAGCUGCCUUUCUUUGUCCAGCUCUGUAGAAGUGAAGUGGGAUAGACUGGUGGUCAAAGAGUCUUUAGGAGAUUCUCAACCUGUCCCUUUUGUUCUCCCCAGUAAAGUCUCCUUCUUGUCUCUUAGAGACUGUUCUUCAGCUUUCCUGAGCUUUGUUAGCUAGCAAGUGAAGACUCGGUUACAGACCAGAUUAUUUUACUUUUAAAUUUAUGAAUUACUACCAGUCCUAAGAUGCCAUGCAUUAAUCCUGUGAGUUUAUAUACAGUGCUGUGUGAAUCGCAUUCCAUACCUUGCAGGACGUACAGGCUGCUCUGAGAAGGCAUGGAGUCAGAUGCCUUGGUCAGCAGGUGACUUGUGGCCAGGCUUGUGACUGGUUUGGUAUAGAGCUUAGUUUUUCCAGGCCUGUGCUCAGUAGAUGCUUUCAGCUCAUAUACUGCUGCUGAGCUGCGGAGUGUCUUUCUUUCCCCCUUCUGGUAAUUCCAGUCUUCUUGGAUAGAGAGGAAAGGUGGGGGUGGGUUUUGUCUGGUUGGGUUUUGUUUCAUUUUGUUUUUGUAAGGUUCUAUUUCUAGAAAACAAUGAUUUGAAGUUAUGUGGCAGCCUCCAGGAUAAAUAGCAAAUGAUGACUAGGGGGACGGGUUCCUUAGGAUUGAAGUAGUGAUGGUCUGCUGGGAAGAAAGCAGACCACACCGAGGAGGUCCUUGCCACUGCAUGGCUGCGGCACAGCAUUCGGUUAACUUCAGUAUGAGAGGUGAGUUGCCCUGUGGAAGCUCACUGUACGCUGGUCUGUGUCUUCAUGUAGACUGACUUCCCCGACACCGGCUUGAGUUAGAUUUCACAUAGUUUUGUCUUGAGUAUUUGCAGGGACCGUGCCACUGUGUUAGCAUGUUGCCACUGUGUUAGCAUGUUGCUGCUGUCCGCCUAGGGUUUACAUGCCUGUAGGCUGAUUGCUUCAGUUUGAACUCCAGAGAGUGCAGUGUUGGCUCCUUAGCUGUGCGGCUUUUACCUGUGCUAUCUUCCUGGGCUGUGGCGUGUCUGGACAGCCCACAAGUAUUUGCUUGUUUUUCGUUUUCCCUUUAAGUUCUUUAGUGUAUGUCCCUCGAUGCUCCUCAUUUGGAAGGCACUUCCUGUUUUGAAUUUAAGCUCUUUGGAGCCUAUGAGAGAAUUGUUUUCCCCAUUAACUAUGAAUGGAGAUGUCACCUUUCAGGUAUAGGUUCUGUGUCCCUUCAUUUUCUUUCUCCUGUGACUGAUGUGGGGACAGACUUUUCUACUUUGUCCUCCAUUGCCAAUCCUUUAAAAAUUCAAUUUACUCUCAAUUCGGAGCAGUAAAUUAUGUAGUGAAACAAGGAGUGGUUAGAUUAUAAAGAGAUAAUAUUUCAAAAAUAAUAAAGUGAAUGGUUGUUUCUAGAGGAAGGCUAAUUUGAGAGGAAGUGUUUUAGAGUUGGAUCUUGGUUUAUUGUUUAAACAUAGUGGCUAUGAUUGCUUUCCUAAAUUAAAUCUACCAAGCAACUAAACCCAAGUCAACAAGACUGGAGAUUACUAAGUAACCGGUAAGCUAGAGUCACAGCUGAAAGUCAUUGCUCAGACAGCUCUGAGACCGAGGCAGUUCCUUAGCUCUUAUUACUUCAUCUUUAGCAGAAGGGCUUCCCGCACUUGGCUCGAGGCUGGCACUGAGGACCUACCUGCUCAGGACCGUUGUCUGCCAUUCCCAUGUUCUCAGCUGCCUUCUGUUUAGAGUUUAAAAGGAAAGUCCUACCCUCAGUGAGACAUACUGUGAAAGAGGAGUAGAAGGCAUGACCUCAUUAAGAGUUCUUAUACAUCAAACAUCUUUUGACUCAAUAGCUCUAAGACAGAUGUAGUCAACAUGCAAAUGAACGUACAUUUUAAAAAUGUGUUUACUUUAAUGAUUUAUUAUUUGGGUGUUUUGCCUGAAUGUAUGUCUGUGAGGGCAGCAAAUCAUUUGGAGCUGGAUUGCAGGCAGGCGUGAGCUACCGUGACGGUGCUGGGAACUGAACCCAGGUUUUUGGGAAAAGCAGCUGGUGUUCUUACCACCGAGCUAUCUCUCCAGCCCCAAAAGAUGACUUCUGGGUUUCUCUGUGUAGUUCUGGCUCUCCUGGAACUCACUUUGUUAACAAGGCUGGCCUUGAGCUCACAAAUUCAUCCAUUUCUGUCUUCCAAGUGCUGGGAUUAAAGGCCUAAAGACAUGCACCACCACUGCCCGGCCUGAAUGCACAUUUCUAUCCCCAGUAAAAGUACUCACAAAAGCAGGUGCUCAGAGGGCCUGUACAUGAGGCAUUAGGAAGGAAGGGUGUCUCAAAGAUUAAGGAAAUGACAAAGUGAACGUUGGUGGCAGAGAGGUAGGGAGACUCCAGAGAGGGACAGAGGACAGCCAUGUUUUCACAGGAGGCCAUGGGCCUCUGAACACUGGCUGCAUAUUGAUACUAAAGAGUCAUUUACUUUUUAAAGACUAUGGUAACCAUAUGUGGUUUGUAGUUUAAAAGUGUCCUUAGCUUUCCAUACUGCGAUAUUCAUGAUGGAGAUGGCUUUUCGGUACCCUAUUGGAGCUGCAGAGCAAGAGAAACAAGAUGAGACAGGGCAGGCCUGGAGUUGGUGGUCAGUGGUGGAUGCUCGGGCUUCCUUAUAGUCUGUUCUUCAGUAUGUGCAAUGAUUUCAUAAUAAAAAUUAUUUUACUAAAAUCCAUUUGCAUUUUUGGAUUAGAUUAAUCUCAGAAAAGUUCCCAGAGACUAAUUGAAGAAGAAAAUAGAUUGCAGAGGUUUACGGUUAAUUUGAUGAGAAAAGAGAAGGAAGAAAAAGAUAGAUGUCACUGAAGCCAGUGGGAAGGACAGGACUUGGGGGCGGGAUCGUAGAGGUGUCCUAAGAGAACUGGGCAGAGACGGUUCUGAGCAGAGCAGUUUUCUCAUCUCUGCCCACCUCAGACGCUUGUCCCUGCCAUGCAGUGUAAAGAAGUAUCCGAUGAUUUGAUUUAAAACCAUGUAUGUUGUCGAUACUUGGGCUGUCGUCAUGAUAUGACAAGGAGAUGAAAAUCUAGUGACCUCUAGAGAUGAAUGGGAUGAGUUGGGAAAUAGUAAGUUACGCAUUGCCUUCUGGAAGGGUUUACAGUUAUAACCAAGCCUUUAGAGCAGUGCUUCUCAACCCCCUCAUGCUGGGACCCUUUCAUGCAGUGCCUCAUGGUGUGGUGACCCCCACCAUAAAACUAUUUCUCUCUGUUUCGUAACUAUAAUUUUGCUACUGGUAUGAAUCGUAAUGUAAAUAUUUGAUGUGCAGGAUAUCUGAUAUGUGACCCCUGUGGAAGGUUUGUAUGACCCCCGGGGUCAGGACUCACAGGGUGAAAACCACUGCCCUGAACCUUUCUUUCCCUUUUCCUUUUUCCCCACAGCAUGACAGUGGCAGUGAUGGGUGUUAGACACACUUCUUUAGGCUGGGCCGUGGGCUAAAUAAGGCAUGAUCUCUGCCCUGUGUGCAGCCCAUAAGAGAACACGGGCCAAGGAACAGCGGCAGGUCUUCUAAGUUAGAGAGACCUUUAAACAGUCUAAGCAUCUAAAUAAAUUCAUUUGUGUUGUCCUUGUUUUCAGAUAAGCCUUACUAACGUUGGAAUGUCUAAAGUUGCAUUCUCCCUGGCUUGAAUUUUCACUUGAUUUCUUUCUGCAGCCAUUAGUUAAGCUACACUGGGUAGCUAGGAAGAGUGGUGCACACCUGCAAAGCCAGUCCUGUGGGAGACAGGAGGAUUGCAUGAGUUCUAAGCCAGCCUGUGAGACAGUACGCUGUAGGCCAGCCAGGGCAAUUGCCUGUCUCAGGCAAACAAGCAGGCAAGCAAAGCCCCACAGUGGGGGAGGAGGGUGGAGUUGGGCAUCUGCCUUGGUGUGGUUUUCUGUAACUUACACUGUUAAGCGCUAAGCUAAGUGAAGAUGAGUUCAUCCCUCGCUCCCUCCGCUCCUGGUUCACUUUUGUUCUGAGUUGGUUAGCAGCUGGAGAAGUGAGACGCUGGCUACCUGUGCUUCCGGGAGCAACAGGUGCACCCUGGCCUCCGCAUCCUGAAUUAAGCCCAUAAUUGUGGUGUCUCUUGUGUUUUCGCCUUUUGUUCAGAAGUUAUUUACUGAGGAGGUUCCCGAUGUACACAGUGGGGCUCAUGAAGUGUUCCAGACCCAGACUGGAAAACAAUCUGCAAUUAGCUGACACAUAAUUAGCACUUUCAGGGUACCGCUUUCAUCUUGUAAUCAUUUACUCUGAAAUGAGCUCAAUUAUCGUCUGUAAUUUACCUGCUUGCGAGUUUUCUGGUGCAUGCUCUCACGCUGACUUUUUAAGGCAGAUAAUCAGUUUGAGAACUCAGAAGGCAGUAGUGAACUUGUACAGAAGGCAGCCAGUGUGCGAAGGUGGUACUUUUAAAGCAUGUUUCUGCAAGAUGGCACUGCUGGUCCCACCUUUCUGCACUUAGGCGCUACUUGCUAAAUGAUGGAAGACUUCCAAAUUACUCUUCACUUAUUUCUCUUCAUUUUUAAAUUGCUAAGCUUUUUACAUUACUUUGCAAGUAUGCACUGAAAUUCAUUGUUAAGUGUAAAUAUGAAUAAUUUCUGAAGCAUAGUUUCAGUAUUUGAUCCUUAUAGCUUCUCUUCGGUGUUCAGCUCUCUAUAGGAUUAUGCAGUAAUUUUUCCAUUGAAUAUAUGUUCCUAUUGUGAUAGGAAUGCUCUUUUUUUUUCUUAGUUAUUGAGGAAUGAGAAAGUAUAUGCUGGCAGAAAGAGGUGCAUGCUACAGUUAACUUACUAACAAGUCAGUGUGGUUUGAGUACACGCCUGAGGGGUUCUGUGUAUAACUUUGAGUUGUUUUUAUGCUAAGUCCUUGAUUUAUCUAAAACUGUUAUCCAAGUCCUUCCUGUCUGAGAAUUCUUUCUUAAUAAGCACAGGGCAAGGUUCUGGGGGGAGCAGCGUGGUUUUCAUGCUGUUCUCUAAUUGAUCUUAACAGCAUCUAGUCAUAGCUACACUGCAUUACGUUAAAUUAAAUUGCUAUUGUCUAGUGAAAGGUGAAGAAAAUCUGCACUUUAAGAGCACAUAGAUGAUGCCUGUAGUAGAUCUACAAGUCCCCUGGCCCUGCACAGGAUCAUUUGGAGGGAUGUACUUGACAUUCAGAGAUAGCCUUUAGUAAUGUUUAAACUUGGUGGUGUUAGUUUGUUUCUCAAGCUAACAGACUCUGCACAAAAAGUAUAUUCAUCUAAAAAAUAAUAUUUAAGUUGUUAAGAGACUACCUUUUUCUACUUUUGCUUUUCCACUAGCUUCUUUUUCACCACAGGUCAGGAUCCAUCUGGUGCCAUCUAAAGCUACUUGCCCAGCAUCUAGAGGUUUAUUUAUUCAGUGUUCUGAUCUGUGCACUAGCUGUUGCUUUCUGACUUGUUGUCCUCACACAGUUGCAACCUCAGUGUCUGUGGUUAGAAAUUGAGCACACUUGCCUAACUGCAUCUGGCUGAGGGUCUCUCCCAGGCCAUAGUCACAUUGGGUCCUGACUAGAGAAAAGUUGCCUCCAAGCUUACUAGCAUAGUUGUUGACAGCAGCAGGGCCUCUGCUGUUGCCUGGAACAAACCUUGUUACUUUGUGGUCCAUAGGAGUGCUCAUAUACUGAAAGCUGCUGCUUGUAGUGCCUAG